AUGGACGGGCCAGGUUCCAAAGAUAGAUCUCAGCAUCCCCAAGUCUUUGCUGUUCUCUCAGGCGCCAUCCAAGGAGGAGCUGCUGCUGCUUUGAUGAGGCGAACGAUUCUCGAUAGUCGCCUACCGAAGUGUUCAUACGCACAGUCAUUCUACCUCCUGAAAGCCGCCGCUCAAGCCGGUGUUUAUCAGGAGCUCUUUCCAUACCUGGUUGUACCAUGGAGGAAGAUGAUGAGUCAAAACUUGACCACAUGGGCUGAAGAUGACGUGAUGUUCCGGAGUGAUUGUCAUGGCUGGAGUGCCGUCCCUAUCAAUGAGAUCGUGUCCAGGAUCUUUGGGCUCUCCCCUGCUUCUGCAGGCUAUGGGUCCCUGAAGAUUGAACCUGCCUUUUCGUUACUCCCUCAACAUUCAAAGGGGUCCUUUGUGACGAAGAAUGGCAAAGUAUCAUUUUCUUGGGACAGCUCCGUUGGGUUGCAGAUCCUAUCGGCUUUUGACAUACAAGUGGAAAUUAUGGGUCAAAGAGGACCCGAAAUAGUCCAUCUUAAAAAGGGGAUUCCCACCAUUGUCUGCAAAACUGCACAUUGGCCAGACCGCGGCCAAAAAGAAGGUGAUCCUGGGAGACCCGAGACUUCUUCCCAUCAGGCUGUAGAAAUGAUGACAGUCAACGGCUAG